UGACAUGGAGACAUCCAGCUCUAGGUCUGUGCAGGUGGAUGAAUGGCAGAAGAAUUACUGUGUGGUUACAUCCAGCAUAUGUACACCAAAGCAAAAGGCUGAUGCGUACCGUUCACUACUACUGCGUAUUCAGUGUGCAUAUGCCAACUCUGAGAUCUCUCAGGUCUUUGCUACCAACCUGUUCAAAAGGUAUACAGAAAAAUACUCUGCAAUCAUUGAUUCUCACAAUGUUGUAACUGGCUUGAAUAACUAUGCAGAGAGCAUUUUUGCUUUGGCAGGAUCUCAACAGGCUGACAGUGACAAGUGGCAGUCUGGAUUGUCAAUAGAUAAUGUUUUCAAAAUGAGUAGUGUACAGGAGAUGAUGCAGGCUGGCAAGAAAUUUAAAGAGUCUCUGUUGGAACCUGCUGAUGCAUCAGUUGUCAUGUGUAAAGAGCCCACCAUCUUUGAGGUUCCUCAGCUUAGUGUUUGUGGAGGUUCUGAAGAGGCUGACGUAUUUUCCAGUUCAGUUCACGACACAGAUAAGACCCAAGCCAUUCCAGGAAGCAGUCUGAGAUGUUCCCCUUUUCAGAGUGCUUGGCUGCCUAAGGAAACUAAUACCACUAAGACCUGUCUCACCUCCUCAACAUCUUUAGGUGAGUCAGCCACUGCCACAUUUCACAUGACACCAUCAUUUGGAAACACUAAAAAGGAAACUCAAAGCUUUCCUAAAACCAGCACAGGGCUAAAUAGGUUCUUACCUAAUCUGUCUUGUGUUCCUUCUGGCUGUGAAAAUCCUCAAGAAAGGAAGGCUUUUAAUGACUCUGACACCAUUGACAUGCUUUCCAAUCCAACACUGAAUAAGGCUCCUAGUAAAACAGAAGACAGAGGCCGAAGGGCAGAUAACAGCCUGCCUACCUUUAAAACUGCAAAAGAACAAUUAUGGGAAGAUCAAAAAAAGAAGGGCCAUCAAUCCCAGCAUACAUCUAAAUCUUCUAAUGGUGUUAUGAAAAAGUCUCUGGGAGCUGGGAGAUCGAGAGGGAUAUUUGGAAAGUUUGUUCCUCCUGUAUCGAAUAAGCAAGAUGGAAGUGAGCAGAGUGGAAAGGAGAAGCUCAAGCCUAGUAGGGCAGGGUCUGCAUGCCUCACUGAUGAUUGUCUGAAGAACGUGGAGCCAAGGAUGGUUGAACUUAUUAUGAGUGAAAUUAUGGACCAUGGGCCUCCUGUACAUUGGGACGAUAUUGCUGGAGUAGAAUUUGCCAAAGCCACAAUAAAGGAAAUUGUUGUGUGGCCCAUGAUGAGGCCAGAUAUCUUUACUGGAUUGCGAGGGCCCCCUAAAGGAAUUCUGCUCUUUGGCCCUCCAGGGACUGGUAAAACUCUGAUUGGCAAGUGCAUUGCUAGCCAGUCUGGAGCAACGUUCUUCAGCAUCUCUGCUUCGUCAUUGACGUCUAAGUGGGUAGGUGAGGGAGAAAAAAUGGUCCGUGCAUUGUUUGCUGUUGCAAGGUGUCAGCAGCCAGCUGUCAUAUUUAUUGAUGAAAUUGAUUCUUUAUUGUCUCAACGAGGAGAUGGUGAACAUGAAUCUUCAAGAAGGAUAAAAACAGAAUUUUUAGUUCAGUUAGAUGGAGCAACCACAUCUUCUGAAGACCGGAUUCUUGUGGUGGGAGCUACAAAUCGGCCCCAAGAGAUUGAUGAAGCUGCCCGGAGAAGAUUGGUGAAAAGACUUUAUAUUCCCCUCCCAGAAGCUUCAGCCAGGAAACAGAUAGUAGUUAAUCUCAUGUCUAAGGAGCAAUGUUGUCUCAGUGAUGAAGAAACUGAACUGGUAGUGCAGCGGUCUNAUGGGUUUUCUGGAGCAGAUAUGACACAGCUUUGCAGAGAGGCUUCUCUUGGUCCUAUUCGCAGCUUGCACACUGCUGACAUUGCUACCAUAAGUCCAGACCAAGUUCGACCAAUAGCUUAUAUNGAUUUUGAAAAUGCUUUUAAAACUGUGCGACCUACUGUAUCUCCAAAAGACUUGGAGCUUUAUGAAAACUGGAAUGAAACAUUUGGUUGUGGAAAGUGAAUACAGCAAUUGAAGGGAGAAGCUGCCAUCUAAUAGUAGUCUUUACCUUUAGCGUAAGAAGGUUGGUGUGCUGCUUGUAUUGUUUUGGAGUAUAUCCUGAAUUCUGUGCCUCAGGUUAGAGUAACAGCUUGACUACUGACUGAUAUAUUAGUAUGUUGUAUUUGCCUUCCAGUUAUAUGAUCUAUAAGCUCAUUUCAUUUAAAUAGAAUGACCUUUUGUUUCUACGUGAAUUCAAAUCGGAACUUUAGUCUGGUAAUAGUAAACUUUGUUAGUGUAGUAGUAUUAUUGCUUACAUUUGAAACAGCAUUGCAUUCUUGACUUAAGAGUUAAGAUCUUACCAAAGGCUAGAGUGAAAGCAACAGAAAGUAAACUACAUUAACCCGUGCUCGUUUGUAACUUGUGGGCUUUUUUUUCUAUCAAAAUUAACUAAUAAAAACAUGUUAGAAAUAGCAAGAUGUAAUCUUGUAUCAGGGAUGUAGCCUGCCUCAAAAGAUAAGUAUGUUUUUUUUUAAGGGAUCUGUAAAGUUUUCUAUUACUAUUUUGUCUGAUAAUUCUUAAAAGCCUAUUUCAAACUAAAUGUUUUUAAAUUAAAGAGAAUAAAAAUAGUUUCUUACCAUUUUGACGGAGUUGCUUAAUUUUGCUAUAACUUCUUCAAAUUAUUUGUUUUAAACAGUCCUGUAUACAACAUAUAUGAAUAUGAU